AAAGCUUCAAGGCUCCAGUGCUCCUUAGUUUCUGCAGACUUACUUGGACACGAUGCAGUCUCCAAAAGUCCUUAUUGUCGGCUCUGGACCCGCAGGUCUUAUUCUUGCACUUUCACUCUUGAAGAACGGGAUACCAGCUCGAAUUAUCGAGAAAGAUGCUCAGCAUCAUAAUGGAGAGCGCGGUGCUGGAAUAAUGCCACGUACGAUCGAAAUCGAACAAUUUCUAGGUGUCAGCGAUGAAGUCUGCAAGCUUGCAGCUGGUCCGCCAAUGAUCCACAUGUUCGAUCCGAAGGAUCCUUACCGCAUCAUACAGUCGUCAAAACUGGUGGUCGACGUCGAGCCGAACCCGGCUUUCCCGAUUACUCGACCAGUGCUCAUUGGCCAAUGGAUCCAUCAGGCCAUCCUUCGCAGACACGUGGAGGCUCUUGGCGGGAAAGUCGAGCUCGGAUCCACUUUCAUAGGUUAUACACAAGAUGAUGACGGUGUGACGGCAGAGAUUCACAGAGUCGUAGACGGUGUCGAACAGACAGAGAAGGCUCGAUUCGAGUAUCUCGUGGGUGCCGACGGCGGUCGCAGUGCUGUGCGAAAGGCUAUGGGAGUUGAUUUUCACGGAGUAACUCGCGAAGAAGACAGGUUACACAUUGUUGAUGCCCGUGUGGAAGGUCUUGAGGUUGAUUCUGAUUUUCGUAUCUGGGGUGACCGGAAGAUUGCAUCGGUGGCUCUCAGACAAACAGCGGAGCCUGGUCUAUUCCAGAUGGGCUUUACCGGUCCCGAGAUAAGACAUGACUUCCUCAAAGCACAUAACGACCCACAAGCAAUCCAGGACGAGCUUCAUAGGAUCACAAAUCGUACUGAUCUCCGAGUCACUGGAAUAAAUUGGCAUGGCGAAUGGAGGCCGAACAUUCGUAUGGCGGACCAUUUCCAGGUUGGACGAUUGUUCAUCAUCGGUGAUGCUGCACACACACAUUCGCCGACAGGUGGACAGGGAUUGAACUCCAGUGUACAAGAUGCUUUCAACCUUGCAUGGAAGCUUGCAUUAUCACUUAAAGGAGCUGCAUCGCCACGCUUAUUAGAGUCUUACGAAAAGGAGCGCCUUCCUGUGAUUGCGGAGAUGCUCAAGCUUACGACCAAGUUGCUCGACCAACUCAUUAAUUCUGGAAUCGAUCGUGGGCUAACCGUUCAGGAAGCUCCCGAAAAGGGAUCCAAUAAAAACACCAGAGACGAAGGGUGGUUCCGCGACCGGAAGCUCUUACAACUCGAUAUACACUAUCGCUGGAGUCCGGUGGUCGUUGAUGAGCGUUCCUCACAACCUACUUUGAGCCCACUGGAUGUAUAUGGUGCGAUGACUAGUGAGAGAAGGGCUGGAGACCGUGCUCCUGACGCGCCAGCUCUUGUCGGAGCGAAUGCCCCAUGCCGACUUUUCGACAUAUUCAACCCAGCAAUGCACACAACACUGCUGUUCGUAGCCGAUCAAUCCUUGAUCGAGCAAGCAAGCGCGAUCAUCACCCCGUUUUCCUCGAUUGAUCCGGGAUUGAUACAGAAAGUACUCGUACUGCCUGCAGGCACUGAUGCGUCGAACAUAUCAGCAAGUGAUGCAAGGUAUAUUGUUGUGGACUCGCAAGGGCACGCAUUUACAAAUUACGGCGUAGAUCCGUCGGAGAGUUCGCCGACGGUGGUUGUUGUACGACCUGAUGCCGUGAUUGGAGCAUUUCUUAGGACGGAGGCUGGUACUCGCAAAUAUCUUUCUACCGUCUUCUGCACGGAUCCUUUAGCCCAUACCCUAUUAGGAUAAUUUGUAGUUCUGUCAUUUAAGUAGAAUCCCAACUCAGCUGUUUUCAUGCCGUCUGAAAG